UCUUACUGAAUAUGCAGUCAGAUACUGUUGAUGAUCCAUCUUCUCUCUCCUCAAUUAAUACGUGUAUAUGGCUACUAUGAUGAUGAACUGAUGAUCAACUGAUCUAAUCAAGAAACCGCGAAUCUGAUCUCUUACGAUAAGGUGCGAACACAAGGAAUUCGAAUCUCCGGCGUAGCUGUUUUUUUGUAGAAUAUUUGGAUCUCUAGGUUGAUUUAGGGUUUCAUGUUUGCUGAAUGAUGAUCCAUGCUCUUUCUCUCCUUCAUAUGGCCACUGUGAUGAUGAACUGAUGAUCAACUGAUCUAAUCAAGAAACCGCGAAUCUGAUCUCUUACGAGAAGUUGUGAAGACAAGGAAUUCGAAUCUUCGGCGUAGCUGUUUUUUGUAGAAUAUUUGGAUCUCUCGGUUGAUUUAGGGUUUGGUGUUUGCUGAAUGUUGAUAAGGUGUAACUGUAUUAAUUAUUAGCUUAGUUCGUUUGUAUUUGGAGAUUUGAGAGGAGUAUGGAGAAGUAUGAGCUUGUGAAGGAUAUAGGAGCAGGGAAUUUUGGUGUGGCGAGGUUGAUGAGGAAUAAGGAAACUAAAGAGCUUGUAGCUAUGAAAUACAUCGAAAGAGGGAAUAAGAUUGAUGAGAAUGUUGCUAGGGAGAUCAUAAAUCAUAGAUCAUUGCGACAUCCUAACAUUAUUCGGUUCAAAGAGGUUGUUUUGACCCCAACUCAUCUUGCUAUUGUAAUGGAAUAUGCUGCUGGUGGUGAACUCUUUGAACGUAUCUGUACUGCAGGGCGAUUCAGUGAAGAUGAGGCUAGAUACUUUUUCCAGCAACUUAUCUCAGGAGUCAGCUAUUGUCAUUCUCUGCAAAUAUGCCACAGAGAUUUAAAGCUAGAGAAUACCCUUUUAGAUGGAAGCCCCGCCCCUCGCCUUAAAAUUUGCGACUUUGGUUACUCGAAGUCAUCUUUACUGCAUUCAAGACCCAAGUCCACUGUUGGCACUCCUGCAUAUAUUGCCCCAGAAGUUCUAUCUCGGAGAGAAUAUGAUGGCAAGUUAGCUGAUGUCUGGUCCUGUGGGGUGACUCUUUAUGUUAUGCUUGUUGGGGCAUACCCUUUUGAAGAUCAACAAGACCCGAGAAAUUUCAGGAAAACCAUUCAGCGGAUAAUGGCUAUUCAAUACAAGAUUCCAGAUUAUGUACAUGUCUCCCAAGAUUGUAGGCACCUCCUUUCUCGGAUAUUUGUCGCUAAUCCAUUGAGGAGGAUCAGUAUCGAGGAAAUCAAACGCCACCCUUGGUUUCUGAAGAACCUACCAAGAGAGUUAACUGAAGCAAAUCAGGCAAUGUAUUAUAGAAGAGAAAACCCUACAUAUUCCCUCCAGAGUGUGGAGGAGAUCAUGAAAAUAGUGGAAGAGGCCAAGAUUCCACCUCCAGUUUCGCGUUCGAUUGGAGGCUUCGGGUGGGGAAUCGAGGAAGAUGACGAUGGCGAAGAUGAUCCAGAGGAGGAGGAGGAAGAAGAUGACGACGAUGAAGAAGAUGAGUAUGAUAAGAGGGUCAAGGAGGUUCAUGCAAGUGGGGAAUUUCACAAUUUACUCCAAUAGAAAUUCUAAGUUGAUUAAAUUAUUGUUCAAUAUUGAGUGUGAGUGUCAUUUGGUUGUUA